UGUUUACGUUCCUAGCGCUUGGUUGCGCGCUUUCGGGUUUCUUUUGUGAAAAAUUAUAGAUAUAGUAAAAUAUCACGAAUACCAUGUCUGCUAAACAUGAUUUAAACAUCGAAGACCUGCUGUCCGGCUUUGACUCGAUGAAGCUUUCCGCCCUAAGGAAUGCUGCCAAACUUUCGCCGCUAAUCAAGGAACGCACAAUCGGGCCGGAUUGUGCUGAUCUUUCGAGGAGGGAAGUUUCCAUAUCGAUCCUUCCGGCGGCCGUAGAUAGCAAUGAUACAACCAAAGAGAACGACCCCAACGUCUCGAACGAAGGUCCAAGCUCGAUCCAUGGUACACCCAAAUCGGAGGAGAAAAAGAAGAGUGCCCCCGUCACACCACAGUUCACCGCCAUAAAGCAUUCCGAUCCGACGGAUUGUACCGCGGUCCAGUCCAAGCUGCACCAGCAGGAACUUGAGCGGCAACGGUUGGCCAGCGUCCAGAAGGCGCUCGCCGAGCGGCACAACAAAAUCCGCCUUGCCGACGAGCAGCGGGAAGCACAGCUUGCCAAAAGCCUGCACGAGGCCAGCCUCAAUGUCGCCCGCAAGGUGCAAGACUCGGAGCAGCGGCUGUUGCACGCGGUCCGGGAGCAGGAAAAGCUAGCUCAGGCAGCGGCUGCCCAACGGCAAGCCCAGAUGGAGGAGGAAAACAAAAGACUGAACGACAUCCAGGCACAGCUGAAGCGGCGACAGGAGGAGAUGCGAAGAAAGGCGCAGCUCAUCGAGACGGUACGCCAGUCGAUCGGGCAGUUCCGCGUGGGCACGGAAACGUUCACCAAAGCGCUGACGGUGAUCGGUGUGCAGCAUGCGACCAAGUUUACGAACCAGAAAAAGACGAUCCGGGCACUGCAGAAGGAUUUCGAGCAGUUGCUGCAGGGGAUCAAUGCCAACCAGGAGGUUAGUCAGGUGGAGGUAGAUCAGGCGGCCGAUUACUGCAGGCAGCUCGAUCAGGUGAACGUGGAGGUGACGGAAAUAUUGGCCCAAAUCGAAGCAAGCCAAAAGCAGCAACAAGAGCAACUGCAGCAGCAGCAGCAACUACAGCAGCAACAACAGCAGCAACAGCAGCAGCAACAAGAGCAGGAACAGGCAAAGGUAGCGGAAGCACCUGCUCCAACCGCUCAGCAGCCAACCGUACAGCAGGCUGACUCAAAACCAACCGACAGCACGGAUGGGUCCAGUGCGGCAGCACCAGCAGAUCCAACCGCACAGGCAGUAGACAACGAACCUUUCUUCCAACCGGUCUCGCCCGAAUGUUUACAGUUCUACAACGAAAUCAAGAGUUUCUACGAGCAGCACCAGACGGCAGUGAAGCAGCUGAUGGACGAUCCGUCCAUGAAAACGUAUCGGUUCAACUGCCAGAAAGCGAUCAACGUGCCGGUCAAUGCAAUAUCGGCCGUUAAUCGAGAACACUUUAUCGACAAGUACAGCAAGCUGGCGGCCCUGCUGAGUGGACAGAACGUAAAGGCGGGCGACGGAAUGGUGUCGAUCAAUGGGCACCCGCUCGGGCGAACGUACUGUACGAUGCUACUGGCCAAGAAGUUUGUGAGCCAAGCGGACACGAGCAUCUCCAGCAACGCGAGUGCCGCCUUCCCGGUGGCAGCAAUUGCCGUCGCGCUAUGGCAACGGUUCCCCGACUUUGGUCGGUUCUUCCUCGCCUACCUGCACCGCGAAUGUCCGUACCUGGUGCCCUACUAUCUGCCCCAGCAUGAGGGCCAAAGUCAGGAAGAGUUCCUGAAAACGCUUGGCUACCGGUUCGCCGACGGUGGCGUGCUGGAAAAGCAAGACCAGUACCUGAAGCGCAUGUCCGGUCUGGCCAGGCUGUAUGCCGCCGUCAUCGUGACCGUACCGCGCAAGGACGAUCCGACGCCCCAUCCGCACGGGCUCGAGUACGGGUGGCGCUGGCUGACCAACAUACUGAACCGCUUCCCCCAGCCCGACAUCUGCGCCACGCUGAUAGCGGAAUUUCUACAGACGGCCGGUUCGGAGCUGCAUGCCGCGUACGGGAAACAGUUCCUCAAGGUGCUGCGCGUGCUGCAGGGUGAUUACAUGAGUGCGCUGAACCGUAUCGAUACCGGUGGGCCGAAGGCACGGUUGGAGGGACUGAUAGCGAAAAUUUUAACCGAAGGUCGCAUCGAACGGCCGGAGGGUAUAAUGAGCGUAAAUUUUUGGUAAAGCCUGGAUCGCAAAAUGGUCGGCUGGUUUCUUUCGGCCUUUUUUAUGAUUUUAGGCAUAAAAGAUCGUUUUAAUUUCUUCUGUUAUUAUAAACCAUUUUGUAUUACGCUUUUCGUUUCCGCUUUUUUUUUUGAUCUAGUAUAUGCAUUAGCGUUUCCCUUGCCCCAUUUUGUAGCACUUUAUGUGUUCUCUCCCCGCUUGCUCCCCGCUUGCACGAUACCAAGGGUAGGCCGAUCGGGUAGUACUAGGUGGUAGGGAAUUUACUAAA